AAGGCUCUUUGUUCGUCGUUAAAAAUAAACAGUAUUUUGAUUCUGAUUUUAAACAAAAAUAAAAAAAAAUGGCGCCAGACUUUGAUGAUUUAUUUGAUGAUGCUCCCGACUUGCUCUCAUUAAAGCAAUAUUUGAUGCAAGAGCUAGAUUCUUGUAAUGUGGAAGAUCUAAAGUUGAGUUUAAAAAAAUGUCUCACAGAUGCCCGAAAAAAAAUUGCUAAACUCCGUAAAGAGAUAAGGGAUCAACAAGAAAUUUUGGAAAAAGAGAGGGUUAUGAGAGAAACUGCAGAAAAUGAACUUCGAAAUCUUUCAAAUAAUUUAAAUAGAGAAUAUUCUGAGUCAUUGUAUUCUUCUCUCAACAGAUCCAACGUAAAUAACAAUACACGAAAACUGAAUGGAACUUCUAAUGAAAGUUUGUUAAUGGAGGAAUUAAAAUCUUCUCGUCUAUUAAACAAAACUCUUACUGAAAAACUUUCUUUAACUGAGCUUGAAUUAGAAAAAGUUCUUCAAAAUAAAAAAGAUAUGAAAAUGGAAAUGGAAGUAGCUGUUGCAGCUCAAGGAGCAGUUUUAAUCGACAAGAUAUAUACUGCACAAAAAGCACGUGAUGCCGCGACUUCAACACGGCUCAAGCUUCUCACACAUGAAAAUGAAGAACUUUUGAAAAGAAUAAAGCAACUGGAGAUAGGCGUAUGUGGAUGUGAUUCUGUUGUUGAAACAAAUUUAGUUCAUAAUGAUCUUUUGAUACAAGAUUUUAGUAAUCAGAAACCCAUGGAUACAAUAUAUACUAAAAAAUCAACAAAUGAGAGCAAAUCUUUAAUGGAAGAGGAUGCAUUAAAACAAGUUGCUCAGUUAAAAGAAGAAUAUUGUGUGCUUAAAGAACGUUGUGAGAUGUUUGAAUUACAAAGCAAAAAUGAAAAAAACAGACUGGCAAACAUGCAAGAUGAUUUAAAAAAUAAACAAAGUGAGUUAGAUGAGGCAUUAGCAGAGAAAAUGGCUCUACAAGCUGAAAUCCAAAGUAUUAAGCUGAGAUACAGUUUAAGUAAUUCAUUAUCCAACGAGCAAGUUUUGCGAGACCAAUUUAACACAACGCUUGACGAGUUUGAAUUAAAGUUUAUUGAGAAAGAAUCAAAAUUAAAUGAGACUAAGUCUAUGCAUGACGAACUCCUGGUAAAGUAUAACAACGUGGUUCGCGAAAAAAAAGCAAUCGCCGAACAACUUCAGGAUACAUUAAAGCAAGCUUCAGAAGACAAAAAACGUGCUGAUAAGUUGGAACGGCUUGUAGAUGUACUACGAAAACGGAAAAACAACACCGUUAGCAGCAUUAUCGAAUAAUGUACAAGACGCUGGUGUUAUUGAGUAAUAAUCAACACAUUAUCGUGUUAUUUAGAUUUGUAAAUAAAAAAUUUAUACAGGAAAAAAUCUGUAAAUAACAAAAUAAACAAAUUUAUUUGUGGUGUUAAAAAAAUGAAAAAGAAGCUAAUAAGUUAUUUUCGUUCAGAAGAAGAAUACGCUUAAUAUUUUCCUUUGGAAGAAUCACGCAUUUAUUAUUUAAAUGAAUACUUUAUAUAAGUUCCAAUAAUUUGUAUAUACACUUGUAAAUAAAUGUAUUAUAUUAUAAAUAAUUAUAUAACCAAUAACGGUAAAUUAUAAAUCGUCUCUAUUUAUUUGA